AUGAGUACAAAUUCAACAUUGAUAAACGAGAAAGUGUUGUCAAAUAAACAACCUUCAGUUAAAUUACUUACUUUUAACACAUGGGGAUUAAAAUACAUAUCAAAAUAUAGAAGAGAAAGACUCAAGGCAAUUGCAGAUCUGUUAGCCCAUCCUCGAGAUCCAGAUGAAGAUUAUGAUAUAGUUGCAUUACAAGAAGUAUGGUGUGAGGAAGAUUGGGAUUACUUCAAUCAAGUAUGCAAAUUAAGAUAUCCUUACAGAAGAGUAUUCAAAGCAGGUAUAGUCAGUGGACCUGGUUUAGCAAUAUUAUCUAAAAUACCAAUAACAGAAACCUUCCUUUAUAGAUUCCCAAUAAAUGGAAGACCAUCAGCAUUUUUUAGAGGUGAUUGGUUUGUUGGUAAAAGUAUUGCAGUUACUUUACUUCAACCUCAUACUAAAAAUUCAUUACCAAUAGCCAUUCUCAAUUCACAUAUGCAUGCACCUUAUGCACAAACAGGUGACGCCAGUUAUUCCACUCAUAGAGCAUGUCAAGCUUGGGAUUUUGCUAAAUUAGUCAAGAUGUUGAGGAGAGGAGGAUACGCAGUUAUCCAAGUUGGAGAUCUCAAUUCUAAACCCAAUUCAUUACCAUAUAAGUUAUUCACAAUAGAAGGAGGACUUACUGAUUCUUGGAAUGUUUUACAUGGACAGGGUCAUGGUUUAGAUAUUGCUAGUUUAAAUCCUGAAGAUCAAAUUUUACAAGCGGGUGCCACGUGCAAUUCAAUUUUAAACACAUGGAGAUUAAAUAGUAAACCUUGGGAAGCAUGUCGUUUAGAUUAUGCAUUAAUUGAUGCUGAUAAUAUCGUACCAUUGAACGCACUGGUGAAGUUUACUGGUAGAUUACCACCACCUUAUAAUUGUUCAUAUUCAGAUCAUUUUGGAUAUAGUACUGAACUUUUAAUCAAUUCACAAGACCAAUAUGUCCCACCUUCAAUGAAUGAAUUUGAUACUUUUGAUGAUAAAGAAAUGCUUUAUCGUGAAGUAUUAGCAGAAAUCAAUGAUUAUCAAACUCAUACCAUACCAUUUCAAGCUGGAUGGAGAAAAGCACAUUUCAUAAUUUCAUGUUUGCUUAUUGUUCUAUUCCAUGUCUUGGUUGCUUUUGUAACUGGAUGGGGUGCACCUUGGGCAGCUGUUCUUUUCUUAUUUAUAACAUCCAUAGUGGCUGUGUCGGGUUGUAUCAAUGGUUUGAUUUGGUUUUGUGGAAUAAGGUCAGAGCUGAGGGCUUUACUGGAGGUGAUGUUACAAGUAGAGGAUGCUUAUACAUUCUUGAAGAAACAAUAA